AAUCAAACUAUAUUCUCCUCAUUUUACCACUUUAUGCUCUGAACCCUACUAAGAAGCCGCCAUCGAAUACCGGCCGCCGCCGCCGCCGCCAAAAAUGAAGCUGCCGACGGUCUCCCUCCACCAACGCCUCCACACUCCCUUCCUCCCGACGGCGAACGCCCUCGCCGUCUCUCUUCCCCGUUCAGCUCGUCUCAAUAAUGGCCGCCCCUUCGCCGUCCGCAUGUCACUCAAGGAAGACGGACCCUCGCUCGCCGUCGUCGGAGUCACCGGCGCCGUUGGCCAGGAAUUCCUCUCCGUAAUCUCCGAUCGCGACUUCCCCUACCGAUCUCUGAAGCUUCUCGCCUCAAAACGCUCCGCUGGAAAAACGCUCACUUACGAAGGCCGGGAUUACAUAAUCGAAGAAUUGACGGAAAACAGCUUCGACGGUGUCGACAUUGCGCUCUUCAGCGCCGGCGGGAGCAUAAGCAAGAAGCUCGGCCCUAUCGCCGUCGCCAAAGGUACGAUUGUGGUGGACAACAGCUCGGCGUUCAGAAUGCACGAGGGGAUUCCGCUCGUCAUUCCGGAAGUGAAUCCAGAAGCCAUGGAAGGAAUCAAGCUCAAGAGCGGUAAAGGAGCCCUAAUUGCAAAUCCAAAUUGCUCCACGAUAAUCUGCCUCAUGGCUGCCACUCCCCUGCAUCGCCAUGCUAAGGUGACACGGAUGGUCGUCAGUACAUACCAGGCGGCUAGUGGUGCCGGUGCAGCAGCAAUGGCGGAGCUUGAACAGCAGACUCGCGAGGUGUUGGAAGGUAAAGAGCCGACUUGUGACAUUUUUAAGCAGCAGUAUGCCUUUAACUUGUUCUCGCACAAUGCACCGGUGCUUUCAAAUGGAUACAACGAAGAAGAGAUGAAGCUAGUUAAAGAGACAAGAAAGAUAUGGAGUAAUAACAACGUUAAAGUUACUGCAACUUGCAUAAGGGUGCCGGUCAUGCGCGCUCAUGCUGAGAGUGUAAACCUUCAAUUCGAGACACCUUUGGAUGAGGACACUGCUAGGGAGAUUCUCAGCAAGGCUCCGGGUGUGGUAGUCAUUGAUGACCGCACGGCCAACCACUUCCCAACUCCGUUGGAAGUUUCUAAUAAAGAUGACGUUGCAGUUGGGAGAAUACGUCAAGAUGUUUCCCUGGAAGGGAAAUACGGGUUGGAUAUAUUUGUUUGUGGUGAUCAAAUUCGCAAAGGUGCUGCUCUUAACGCCGUUCAGAUUGCCGAGCUGUUGCUAUAGGCUCAAACUUCUUUUAUGUUCAGGCAUUUCGAGUAAAAAAAAAACGACGGUAUGAUGAGUUCUUUCCAGCAAUCGAUAGAUUUUAGCCAUAGAGAUUGAAACUCAUGGUGUUUUGUAACUUGGUGCAAUGCAAUUUUGAUGGAUAAUCUAUUUGUCUUGGUGUUA